CCUUCACUUUCCUCCUUACAACACCGUACAUGAAUGUCCAUUUCACCAAAACCCCUUUCUAUCUCUCUCUCUUCGAUCCUCUCUCUCUCUCUUUGCUGCUCUCUCUAUUUAAGCUUCCCAUAUGGUUUCGUGCUCUUCAUUCUCACUUAAGUGUACUUAGCAGAGAACAAAAGGCCACCACAGGUACUGAGAUGGAGGGGUUACAGAGGAGUGAUGGGAAUUAUAUGCAGAAAGUGGAGGUGCCAAGGCAAAGAACGUCAGUGGACUUACUUCUCAGGCUUUUGGCCUUAGCACUGACUUUGGUGUCUGCCAUAACUAUAGGGUUGUCUAAGCAGACUAAGGUUGUCCGAGCUGUGGUGGUGGCAAGCCUGCCACCUCUUUAUGUUCCCGUUCCUGCUAGGUGGCAUUACAUCUCUGCCUUUGUGUACUUGUUGGUUGCAAAUGUCAUAGCAUGUUCAUAUGCGACCCUAUCUCUAGUACUUGUUUUAAUCUCAAGGAAGAGGCCGGGUGACAUGAACAGCAUCUUACAUUCCAUGAUUCUCGUCCUCGACAUAUUAAUGGUGGCGUUGCUCUUCUCCUGCAACGGAGCCUCCAUGGCCAUCGGUAUAAUUGGCUACCGAGGAAACAGUCACCUGCGGUGGCAAAAAAUAUGUAACUUGUUUGAGAGAUUUUGUGGCCAAGUAGCAGCUUCUAUAGCGAUUUCUGUGGCUGGAGCAAUGAUGUUUAUCUUGAUGGUUGCAUUUUCUGGUCUGGGAAUCCGCAAGAAAUCAAGGUCUUGAAGUUCGAGCCAGCUUUAAGGUCUCUCUGUUCUCAACAUGAAUCAUGUCUUCUUCUAUUGAUCAGGUCAUUCUUAUAUAUAUAUAUAUAUAUAUAUAUGCCUUAUCAUGUGGGUUGAAUUUUAAGCAGUGUAUGUUAUGUGUAAUAUCAGCUAUAAAAAAAAAAAAUGAUAAAUUCGUAACUCUUUUACGUCUCUAUUUUAAAUAAAAGAUGAUUAUAUGACAUUGAAAUUAGUAA